AUGCAACAGCCGCAAGCGUUCAAGCCUACCGCGCAGCAUGUCGCUGCCGUAAAUGAGCAGACAUGGUUGCAACUUGGUCGUCUGUCAGAGCUCAUGGAAGAGUAUGAUGGCGCAAGUGCGGCAUAUGAGCGCGCAAUGACCUUCAAUCAGUGGUCCGUACCGGCUAUGCUUGCCAUCUCCUGCAUCCUGCGCUCUAAGGACCAAUUCACUUCUGCCGUUGAGUACCUGCGCCAGAUCAUCAAGAUUGAUCCUGCCAACGGCGAGGUCUGGAGCAGCCUCGGUCACUGCUACCUUAUGAUGGAUGACCUGCAGCAAGCAUACUCGGCUUACCAACAAGCUCUGUACCAUCUACCUGAUCCGAAAGAGCCCAAGCUAUGGUACGGCAUCGGCAUUCUCUAUGAUAGAUAUGGCUCCCUCGAGCACGCUGAGGAGGCUUUCUCGCAAGUCAUGCGCAUGGAGCCGAACUUUGAGAAGGCCAACGAGAUCUACUUCCGGCUCGGCAUCAUCUACAAACAACAGCAAAAGUUCCAGCAAAGUCUUGAGUGCUUCCGCUACAUCGUCACUGACCCACCCCGACCGCUGAGUGAGGAGGAUAUCUGGUUCCAAAUUGGGCAUGUGCACGAACAGCAGAAAGACUACGACAAUGCUAAAGCCGCAUACACGCGCGUGCUAGAGCGUGACCCAAACCACGCCAAGGUGCUACAGCAGCUUGGGUGGCUGCACCAUCAGCAGAGCACAAGUUUCAACAGUCAAGAGCAAGCCAUUGAGUACCUCGAGAAAUCGGUCGCUUCCGAUCAAACCGAUGCGCAAAGCUGGUAUCUGCUGGGCAGGUGCUACAUGUCACAGCAGAAGUAUCCCAAGGCAUACGAAGCGUACCAGCAAGCAGUGUAUCGCGACGGUCGUAACCCAACGUUCUGGUGUUCGAUCGGCGUUCUCUACUACCAGAUCAACCAGUACCGCGAUGCGCUCGAUGCAUACUCCCGUGCCAUCCGUCUAAAUCCUAACAUCUCGGAGGUCUGGUAUGACCUCGGCACUCUGUAUGAAUCCUGCAAUAAUCAAACCAGCGAUGCGCUUGACGCUUACUCAAGGGCCGCUGAGCUCGACCCAACGAACGUGCACAUCAAGGCGCGCCUGGCAUUGCUCAAGGGACAGCCAACGAACGGCUUGCCAAACCAAGGCGGUGCGCCACUCCCGCAAGAUGUUCACCCUCAAGCGUAUCAGCCAGGUGCACUCGGCGGCGGACCGCCUGGUCCGCAAUGGGGCGCUCAUGCCCAGAAUCCGCCGCCGCCAGGUCCGGCUCCUGGCCCGAUGACCGUAGGCAAUAACUGGGGCGCCAGUCGGCCUGUCGAGAUGCAGAAUCCGCCAAUGCCACCACAAGCCAUGAACCCGUACGAUCAGCGCGAUCGGAUGCCGCCGCAGCAGCAACAACCUCCGCCGAGACAACCAAGUCCUCCACGGCAGGAGUUGGCGCGCUAUCAGGAGCAGCCACAAAGGCCUCCUCCGCCUCCGCACAGAGGUCUCUCGCCGUCGCCGAAGGGUCAGCAUAACCCUUCUGCGCAAUAUCAGCCGGGGCCAAUUCACCAACUGCAGCAACCUCUUCCACCGCAUGCCAUCCCUCAGCCGUCACACCAUUCGCACGAGCCGCCGCGUCCGCCAUACGGCGCGCCUUCCAGUGUCCCUCCACCAGGCAUGGGAAUGCCAUCCUCGGCCGGCCACCCUUCGAUGCCGCCUUACGCUCGGCAUCCAGAGCAGGCGCCUCAGCCCGAGAUCCGACCACUACUGAACAACGCUCCGCCAUCGUCAGGCGGGCCAUACUCCAGGGGGCCGUACGAGCAUCAUCCGAACGCGGCACCCAGCAUCGCGAGCGGCGCACCACCGCCAUCUGCGGCUCAGACAGCCGCGGAUGCUGCAGCUCGCGAGCGCGAUGAGAGGCCGUCGAGCACCGCUCCUCCUAAGCGUCAUCGGGAAUGGGAGGACGAACCCAACAAUAGCCUUCCGAAGAAGCCAUCGACCGAAGAGACUCGCUCGCGGCUCGACGAGAUCAAGAUGCACCGCCCGUCGCCGCCAGAGAAGAUGGCGACACCACCAAAUCGAAGCCCAUCUGAACUACGGCGCAUGGACGAUCCGAGGCCAAUGUCCGCUUACCACCCCUCUGACGCUGCUCAUCAUGCACCAUCCCUGCCUUCCAUGCAGAACAUAACGCAACCAUCAGCGCGGGCCUCUGCGCCACCGCAAGAGGACCAUCGUGCGCCACCGCCACCGUCACAGCCGGCUCCAGUAUAUGAAGCCGCCGCGCGAAAGAUGGACGUUGAUGAGAACUACGAUGAUAGCGGAGACGACAGGUCCGCAACCAAGCAGGAGAGUCAAAGGAGCAGUCCGAAGGCGAUGAAUGGAGGUACAGCUCCAGUCGCAGUUGAAAGUCAAGCAUAG